AUGUGUUUGGCCACUUCACUGAAAUGCCGUAGUAUUGUUGUACUGGUGGACGGUGUAGGGUGGUUGGUUAAUACAGCUGAAAACUCCCACGAAACCUCUAUUUUCUGCCAGUUUAGAUAAAUACUUCACAUAUCCGAAGUGUCCGGACGUAGCACGUUCAGAACACUGUCCUUCGAACGAUCCGGCUCAUCGAACGGUUCCCCUCCCUGGAUAGCAUAUGUUUCGGCCAUAUCCGUAGCCUGUUCCAUUCAUUACACAGAGCAAAGGCCUGCUUUUCGGAGCUGAUUCGGUAUCAAAUUCCGCUGCUCGCGAUGAAAAGAUAAUAAAUCAAUAAGCAUGCCACGUAAUGUUCCCGACAGAGUAGGCUACUGUGAUUUGACGUGAAUGCAACGCAUUGCUGGACGAUAUUUGAAUCGCGAGGAAAUCGCAGUUUUCGUGAGACGAUUGCCUAUAGGAAGUUUUAGGAGACAAGGAUUUUAUGUGAAAAAUCACUACAGGCAGCAGGAUCGCAAUCUAACAGCACAGAAACCACCAAAUCACGCAAAACGCCGAAAAAAGAUGUCACUACCACAUCGCGUGGUAUCCCUAUUGCUGGGAAUCGUCCUGGCCAUCCAGUCAUUCACCGAUGCCGUUCAACACAAUGUUAUCUACGCUAUCAACGCCGGAGGUGAAUCGCAUGUUGACUCCAACGGAAUCAAGUACGCACGGGAUCCUCUGAUGGGGAAAACUGGCACGGAGUCCGAUUACGGCAAGCAGUUGCUCAUGAUCAACCGAGUGAAGCCAAACGAUGAGUUGCUGUAUCAAACCGAGAGAUAUCAUCACGAUUCCUUUGGGUAUGAGCUGCCUAUCGCAGGCGAUGGAGAGUACGCGUUAAUCCUGAAGUUCUGCGAAGUGUACUUCAACGCACCCAAUAUGAAGGUGUUCGAUGUGUUACUCAACGGUCGCCAUAUGGUUAUAACGGACUUAGAUAUUUUCUCACUGGUUGGCAAGGGAUCGGCUCAUGAUGAGUACGUGUACUUCACCGUUUCACGAGGUCGACUGUACUUCAAGGAAGAAGACUCAGAAAUUCGAGGUGGAAAAGUAAAAGUGGAAUUCCUCAAGGGCUACAAGGACAAUCCGAAGAUCAACGCGAUUGUCUUGAUCAAGGGAUACGAUGAGGCGAGUUUGCCUCGUUUGGCGCCACUGGUUAGUGAACAAUCAACGCAGGACCUGCACGCAGAUACAAUCCUGAACGAAGUGCCCUCCACAGGAGGAGACGACGACGUGCAAACGGAUACGAAGCCCAAACAGCGGAAGACCAGUGGUCCGAAGCAACCCAACCCUUACUCGCUCGACGAAUCGUCCAUGAUGCUGCCGGUGUUCAUAGCAAUCGGUGCAUUUAUCCCACUGCUGUUCUGUCUAUGUAGGCUGUGAUUUUGUUGCUAGCAAGCUCAUCUUGAUUUUAUAAGUAGGCGUUUAGGGGUACUCACGGUUCUCGGAUACUAGAACUGGUAGGUUUGUUGAAAUAAUUUUAAUUAGCAAGCACAGAGGUUUUUAAAAUCGGAACAAGCCGAUUCAGCUGUAUUAGAGCAUCACGGAAAUGAGAAUGAUGUGAUUCUCGUUGGUGUAUCAUUCCGCCAAUGGUCUUGGUUUAGGCGAGAGUUGCACAAUAUUACUUAAUGGGAAUGUUUUGAAAGUAUAAACGAGAUUUUGGAAAGGCUUCAGGGGUAUUUCCAAACUCUGUCCAAGACGUCGAACUAAGUGUUUAUUCAAACGAUAGAUAUAUUGAAUUGUAUAUAGCUCAGAGCAAACGCGUUUACUUAUAAGUAAUAAACUACAUUACAGGGGAAAGAUUAAAUUUUCGGGAUAAGCACAAUUUUUUUUUUUUUGUCAAAAAGAUGUUAAACUGUAACUUUGCCUGUCCCGAUCAUUUUGUCUAUCCCGUGUAAUUGUUUCGAAAUUGUGUUCAAAACACAAUUCAAACCGAUUUUGAGGCCAACUACGGCUAGUAUUGUUUCCGGAAGCUCAAAAUCGCAAUCUACAGAUUCUAAACUCAUUUUUGUAAACCGAUAGCUCAAAGUUUGAAAGAUGCUUGUCUAAACUAGCGCACACACACGCAUUCGUUAGUUACUCCCAGGUGCAGCUCCGUGUCGUACUUAUUUAAUUUAGUCUCUUAGGGGUCAAGUUUACGAGGGCAUUAACACUAAAUGCAAUGAAAAGACUUACAAUAGCAUGCACUUUACCAUUUAUAAGAGAUAUUAAUUUAGUUACAGUCAUUUAUGUGAGUUACAAUGUAGGUUUUGUUUUGUUUAAAUAUUAAACGUACAGAUGAGGUGUAACGAUAAUAAACCAAUAAAAAUAAUAAAGUUUUAACGAUUGAA